UUUAGAUAGAAACACAAUGGCUGCUAGGAACUGGGAGACCGACAAGGAGAUAGAAUAUUUCCGCGAAUACCUGCGCAUCCCAAGCGUGCAUCCGAAUCCUGAUUAUGAACCGUGCGUAGAGUUCCUAAAGCGUCAGGCUGAGGAUUUGGAUCUACCCGUUAAGGUCUACUAUCCUCUCGAUAAACAAAAUCCAGUGGUCGUUCUGACCUGGGAGGGAACUGAAAAGGAAUGGCCGAGUAUCUUGCUAAACUCCCAUAUGGAUGUAGUUCCCGUAUUCCCUGAAAAAUGGACCCAUCCACCGUUUGGGGCAGAAGUCGAUGAGGAGGGUCGCAUUUUUGCCAGAGGAUCUCAGGACAUGAAGUGUGUGGGAAUGCAGUACUUGGCAGCCAUCAGAGCAUUAAAAGGCAAAGGAUUGCGAUUCAAGCGAACCAUUCACAUAUCAUUCGUUCCAGAUGAAGAGGUAGGUGGACGAAAGGGAAUGAUGCCAUUUGUUAGUUCGGAAGAGUUUAAGUCGCUCAAUAUUGGAUUUUCCCUGGACGAGGGAAUCUCCUCUCCGACUUCAGAGUUUCCCGUUUUCUAUGCCGAGCGAACAUUAAAAGGUGUUAUUUUUAAGAUUAGUGGAUCUGCCGGGCAUGGAUUGCUUCUAAUGCCGAAUACAGCGGGCGAAAAGCUUAGUUAUAUAACCAGCAAGAUGAUGGAGUUCCGUGCAAGUCAGUUAAAACGCCUGAAUGAUAAUCCAGAGUUGCAGAUUGGCGAUGUGACUACCAUUAACCUGACCAUCGUGGAUGGCGGAGUGCAAAGCAAUGUGGUGCCACCCUUGCUGACCGCCGUUUUUGAUGUUCGAUUGUCCUUGGAUCUUAAAGUCUCCGACUUCUACACUUUUUUGGUGAACUUGUGUGAAGAGGCUGGUGGCGACAUCGAGUUUGAGUUCACUUCAAAACGAAGAAAUGAGCACACUGCUCCCACGGUCACGGAUGAAUCGAAUCCCUUUUGGAUGACCUUUAAAAGUGCCACGGAUGAGCUAGGUUUGAAGACCAAGCUGCAGGUCUUUCCAGGUGGCACCGAUAGUCGCUACAUUCGCGAAGUAGGCAUUCCAGCCUUGGGAUUUUCUCCUAUUAAUAACACUCCGGUUCUUUUGCACGAUCACGAUGAGAUUCUUCGUGUAGAAACGUACUUAAAAGGUAUUGAGAUAUACAAGAAAAUUAUUGAAAACUUGGCAAGCGUUGAAAGCUAAUUUCUUCUGAAUUAAGCCUGUUGAAAAAAGCGUAAAUGUUUUCACGAAUAAAGUAAUAAUUUGGAUCAAUA